AUGUGUGAUUCCAAGUGUCGUCUUGAAUAUCUUAAAUGGUUAAAGUAUAAUAAUGAAUUACAGUGUUUAUUGAAUGAAGGUGCAGUAAUGUCAGAUAAAUACGCUGAUAAAAUGUGGACUCGUUUGAAAGACACAAAUAAAGUGAAAGAACGAUUAAGUAGAGAAAAUCUUACACAUCAUUCAAAAUGGAAGGAUCAGGAUGCACAAAAUUACUCAUUUCCGCAACUAACCGAACAGGAGCUUCGUGAUAUCACCUUCGGAAUAUUUCAAGUGAAGCAAGCUUCGUCCUAUGUUCAAGAACACUUAAAGCCAUCAGCAGCUUUUCCUCAAGAUUUUGAGUUUACGAUACAAACAGCGGACAAUGUUGACGAUUUAGUAAAAGUUCGGUAUCAAUCACGUCAUUCUAAUAGUCAGAUAUAUAACACAUAUAUUGAAUAUAACAACGGCAUUCUAAAUCCGAUUUCCAGAUGGUUUUGCACUUGUACAGCUGGCGAACGAACUGUCGGUUGCUGCAGUGACAUCGCUGCCACUUUGUGGCACCUUUGCUUGAACCAGACGGCUAUCCAUGACGUUAAUCAAUCACCAAAUAAUUAUCUUAAUCUUGUAGAAGAUGCUUUACAGUUUUCUGAUUACGAGAAUUCGUCCGACUAG